CUUUACAUAAGUCUCGUUUUCUUACAUCACAGGCGGAGGCUUUUGGAGCGGGUUUUGAAUCGAAUUGAUUUGUCAAAGUGAUUUUUGACUGAAUAAUGGGUAUCGUGCGGUUAGUACAUUCGCUGAGGAGUAGAGAAGACACGCUGUCACGGUUUGCUGUCAAGGCCACUCUCGUAGGAGGUAUUGUUUAUUAUAGUGUUCAUCAGGGCUUGUGGUCCAAGUCCGAAGACAGCGUGCAAUUGUAUGGAAAAAUCUACAAUAAUGUCGCGCCUUACAUUAAGGACAACAUUCCCAAGGAAGUCGUUAACGAGCUACCACCAUUGCCAAGUACCAGUGAUCUUUCCAACUUUAUCAAGUCAUCAUGGAAUAAGGGAAUCAUAACAAGUACAAAAUUCCUGUCCAAUACUCCAACCUAUAUAACCAAUGGUGUGCAAAAUAUUUUUGAAACUGUGCAAGAUUAUAUAAAACAACAAAGUGUAUCUGAGAAAAGUCAAUGAUUUUUAUUCCUAUUCUGUGAAUUUUAGGGAAAUAUUAUAAUAGUAUCAUCAGUGAGUACCAUGAAAUUGUUAUCUUACUUCCCUAUGGUAUUAAUUUAU